GUUAUGCCGCCAGUAUAAAAGUUGGAGCUUGCAAACAGCUGCUGCAAGGCCUACCUCCAGACCUACCUCUAUCACGGCUUCGAGCGUUCUUAAUCCGCCUUGCAACGAAUGAGUGCGUCUUUAUCUAUACAGCUUGACCAAGGACUGGACCAAGGAGCAGGGCCGCUCGUGCCCGCCGGUGGUCGCGUGUCUGGGACCGUCAACUUGGAGGCGCUGUCGCAGCUGGAUGAGAAGGAGCUGGUGCUUGUACUUGUUGGUUUGGAAGAGGUUUCCUGGGAAGACGCUACAGUACUGAACGGUAACAGUGCCACUCAGCAUCAAGACAAAGAGGAGCUGUUUCAGGCGCGGGUGGUUCUGCGGUCCUGGGUGGGCGGUGUGCCCUGCGUGCCAGGCCAAUACAGCGUGCCCUUCGACGUGCACCUGCCGGAGCACCUGACGCCCACGUUCUCGUUCUUUGAGGCGGGCACAAGCACCUCCUCAAGACGGCGUCUCAAGGCCUCGGUUUCUUACCACUUGGAUGCCUUCCUCGUCAACUCCACCACCGACCGGCCCACGGGUGGCGGGCUGCGCGCGAGCGCGCUCAACGCAAGUGCAAGUCUGCGCGCGCUGGGGCGAGCACUGUCUUCUAGAGGGCGCACAAGCACGGGCGGCGGCAGCCCUACUGGCAGCCGCAAGGCCAUUACAUUGGCACGGCUGCCGUCUCUGGCGGCAGCGGAGGCGCAUGCACGCUUGGACAUCAUUGUACAGCCGGCUUCGCACUCAGCCCCGGAGGCCGCGGGGGCCGCGGGGCCCUCCACCUCCACCGCCUCUCCGCCACCGGCCGCGGGUUCCGCCGUCGCCUACACGGGCCCUCGGCAGCCGCUGGUGGUUGAGGAGGUGGUGCCGGUUUUCACACUGUCGGACACGUGCGUGUGCUACAUGAGCGACAGCGGCUCCAUCAAGCUGCGGGUCGAGGUGGACAAGGACCUGGUGAAGCCCGGGGAGGUGCUGGAGGUGGCGACGGAGGCCGACGGCUCAAAGACGCAGAUGGCAUUUCCCAAGCUAACUCUGGAGGCCGGCAUCCUGGUGCAGCUGCAUGACCGCCACGCCGCCGGGGAAACCGCCUCCGCCGCUGACUUCACGCCGCUGCUACGUCACGACCUUGCGGGCUUGUACCCAUCACAUCUGGCCCGGCUGAUGGAGAAGCUGGGGGCCAACGGCGCGGGUGGCAAAUCCAAGGCCGCUAGCAGGUUCAGCAUGCGCAUGCCGCCGGACCUUGGGCCCUCGGUGCGCGGGCAGCUCGUGACGCGGUGCCUGGCGGUGCGGCUGAUCGCCAGCCCCGACGACCGGGAGGUGCUGGCGGCGAUGCGGCCAACGGCGGUGGCACGAGUGUGGCUGGAUUCAGAGCCGCCACGCAGCGUGGAUCCCGCAGGCGUGUUGGUGCACGUGGCGUGAAGCGGAGCGGAGGACAGGAAAGCAGUGGCGGAGCCUGGGGCGGGCGGCGGUGCAGCGAAGCCGGUCCGGGCGCAUGCGCCGGGUACCGUACCUUGCGGGGCGCCAGGCGGCCGCUGGGGACGGGCACUUGCAGCCUGCAAGGUUGUUGAGGUGUGAGGUGUGAGCAUGCAGCGUGAGGGGCGCGACGGGUGGCAUGACUCAUGACUGAUGAGUUGUGUAUGCGUGUGUGUGUGGGUGUUGUAGAUACAAGCUCAUACUGUGGGGAGGGGGGAGGUACUGAGGGGCAUGCGGCGGCGCUGCAGGCCGCGCACUUGCGAAUCUGGCUACCAGAGCGAGGGAUGUGCUGGGGUGAGGGAAGGACCACGACUGUGUGCCUAUAACGCGCCGCGUGGCGUGGCGUAACGCGGCGAGGCGAGGCGGUCCAUUGCUGUGGUUGCGGUCACUGGACUAAGAAUUGCCGGGAGUUGCGGCCAUCUGAGCUGACGUUGGCGCAUGUCGAAUUUGACGUUGGAUAUCUGGAAUUCAUGGUAAAGCUGCGCACAAGUGCCGUAAUGGGAAACAUUGUCACCGCUCUCGUCCUUCAUUACGUGUACCAGACAAAGCGUGAGUGACUGAAACACGCGGUACGGGGUUCAUUAUUUCAGGGAACGGAUGCAUUGUAGGUAAUGGAUGCAUUGUGAUUGGGGUACCGUGUUUUUUAUGAGCCGUUGAUUGACGCUCCAUGAUUGCCUCUCCAAAUCAAGUUCUUCUGUGCACGGUGGCGCAGAUGUUCGUGCCUUCAUGAAUUCAUACCUGCCUUGGACACGCGUCUUUAGCUGUUAUCGUCAUGUAUAACCAGGAUCCGCCUUCCUAUGUGUGGCGCUUCUUGGGCUGAGCCCCUAGAGCUCGUUUCUGGGACUCCAAUGCAAUGCUUAACGUAACUGCGCUGCAUAUUGCGCUUACUGUAAGUGCACGUGGAG